AUGUCUCUCCCUCUCGUGGUCUGUCCGUUUUCGGAUAUUGAAGGCGAGGGAGGAUGCGUCAACGUUUACGACCUGGCGGUGGAGAACAUGAAUGUGCGCUUCCUCGGCCACUCCAUUUUGGUUUCCGGUUCCUUCAUCGUCGUGCUGUUUUCCCGAUUUCUGGCCUCGAAGAAGCGCGCGAUGUUGAACGGGGGCCGGUAA